AUGAACAAAUUACAAUCAACAUUGAUAGUUGAAGGAAGUAGAUAUGGUUCAAGAAUCCUUGGCAAUCAACAAGUAGUAAAGUUUAAAAGUCUAAAAACUUCUACUUCAACUUUUUCGUCGUCGUCAUCGUCAAAUCAACAAAUAUUCAAUUUCAAAUCAAAUACAAAUAAUCAUAUUGGCUCGUCAUCAUCAUCAUUGUCAUCAAAUAAUAGAGUAUUAUAUUCUACAACUAUUACACCACCGCCACCUCCGCUAUUCAACCCGACACCGCCGCCGACUAUUAAUAAUGAUGACCAACAACAAGACGAUGAAAAACAACAACAACAACAACAAAACAAGAAAAAGAAUUAUAGUAAAUAUUUGUUAUUAGGUACAGCAGCUGGAUCUGUGAUUGUACCAUUAUGGUAUCUAUUGGUAGACAAUGAUAGUCUUGCACCAACUUUACCACACUCUCCACUCGAUGCUUCACAACAUGGCAUUCUCUUGUCUCAAACUAUCAAUGUUGAGAAAAUAUAUGCUUCACAUUCGAGCUCUGAUUUGCUCUUUUCCUACUUUAUCUUAAAGUUGUGUACAAUCCCUUUUCUUUCUGAAAAUGGUUCACAUAUGAUUGAAUUGGCUCAAAAAUAUGGAUUAACAAAACCAAUGUAUUGGAUUGUUAAACAAACAUUCUUUAAACAUUUUUGUGCAGGAGAGGUGAUUGAAGAGACACCCAAGGUGGCUGACAAAUUACAUCAACAAGGUGUAGGUGUGGUGUUGGAUUAUAGUGUAGAGGAUCAAGCUGGAACGAGCGAGGCAUUUGACCAUGUGGCAGCACAGAUUAUUCAGACUGUGCACGUGUCGACCAAGACUCCAAGCUUGUCGUUUUCAUGUGUCAAGGUGACUGGACUGACCAACCCAGAGUUGUUGGAAAAGUUGAAUACAAUUGCUCAAAAGUGUGGUGUACAGCAAGUGACUGAUGUUGCCUAUUUAAAGGAUCCAAAGUUAUUGUAUACCAACCCGUCAUUGGUAGCUGCUACAUCGGCUGCAUUGUCACCACGCGAGCUUAAAGAGCUCAGUGAAUUGGUCGAACGUCUCGACUCGAUCUUUAGAGUGUGUCACGCACAAGGUAUCCCCAUCUUGAUCGAUGCCGAGCAAACCUACUAUCAACACUUUUCAAAUCAUAUGCAAUAUAAUAAUAAUAAUAAUAAUAAUAUUACAACACACAAAUCACAAUACAUAUAA